GGGUCUGCGGGGCGGGGGCGGGACCGGUAGCGAGCUCGGCUGGCGCCAGAGUGACCUGCGUCCAGAUCUCCAGCAUCUGUUGGAUUUUCACCAAGAAAAAGUUUGUAGCAUAAAGUUGCUCACAUCCUUGAGGUAGAUGAGAUACAAUGAUUCAGUAGAAGACCACAGCAGGGGCAGCACAAGAGCCGGGACGCUGAAGGAUGAACGGGGAGGAGGAAUUCUUCGACGCCGUCACAGGCUUUGAUUCUGAUAACUCUUCUGGGGAAUUUUCAGAGACAAAUCAGAAAGUCACUAGAAAGACUGAGUUGGAUACUAGCAAAAGUAACAGAAUUGGGAAAAUUGGGGAGCGACCCCUUCAAGAGAAUGGAAUUCAAAAACACAGGACAUCCCUGCCUGCGCCCAUGUUCACCAGGAGCGACUUCAGCCUCUGGACGAUCCUGAAGAAGUGUGUCGGCCUGGAACUGUCCAAGAUCACGAUGCCGAUUGCCUUCAAUGAGCCCCUGAGCUUCCUGCAGCGAAUCACGGAGUACAUGGAGCACGUGUACCUGCUGCACAGGGCCUGCCGCCAGCCCCAGCCGUUGGAGAGGAUGCAGUCCGUGGCUGCUUUUGCUGUUUCGGCUGUGGCUUCACAGUGGGAGAGGACAGGCAAGCCGUUCAACCCGCUCCUGGGAGAGACGUACGAGCUGAUCAGGGAGGACUUAGGAUUCAGAUUCAUCUCAGAGCAGGUCAGCCACCACCCUCCCGUCAGCGCGUUCCACUCCGAAGGCCUCAGCCAGGACUUCCUGUUCCACGGCUCCAUCUACCCAAAGCUGAAGUUCUGGGGCAAGAGCGUCGAGGCGGAGCCACGGGGCACCAUCACGCUGGAGCUGCUCAGACACAACGAAGCCUACACCUGGACCAACCCCACCUGCUGUGUACACAACGUCAUCAUCGGGAAGCUGUGGAUUGAGCAGUAUGGGACGGUGGAGAUUUUAAACCACAGGACCGGACAUAAGUGUGUACUUAACUUUAAACCAUGCGGAUUGUUUGGAAAAGAGCUUCAUAAAGUGGAAGGACACAUUCAAGACAAAAACAAGAAGAAGCUGUUCAUCAUCUAUGGCAAAUGGACGGAAUGCUUGUGGGGUAUAGAUCCUGUUUCCUACGACUCCUUCAAGAAGCAAGAGAGGAGAGGCGACCACCUGAGGAAGGCUAAACUGGACGAUGGUGCUGAAAGGGCUAACGGUGACACGGCUGACGACGUCCCUGUGGUGCAAGAGACCGUGCAGGUCAUCCCAGGCAGCAGGCUGCUCUGGAGGAUCAACACCCGGCCUCCCAACUCUGCCCAGAUGUAUAAUUUCACCAGUUUCACCGUGAGCCUCAACGAGUUGGAGACGGGCAUGGAGAAGACCCUGCCCCCCACAGACUGCCGCCUGCGCCCCGACAUCCGCGGCAUGGAGAAUGGCAACAUGGACCUGGCCAGCCAAGAGAAGGAGCGUCUGGAGGAGAAGCAGAGAGAAGCCCGGCGGGAGCGUGCCAAGGAGGAGGCUGAGUGGCAGACCAGGUGGUUCUACCCAGGCACCAACCCCUACACUGGGACUCCUGACUGGCUGUAUGCAGGGGACUAUUUUGAGCGGAAUUUCUCUGACUGCCCCGACAUCUACUGAGGACUACAGGGCCCUGGGGCCAAGGCCCAAGAGGCUGGACUCCUUGAGUGGCCAUACCAACUUUUGUCACGGCAGAAACCUCCUUUCUAAUGCCUGUGUUCAUGGAGAUGGCAUUGUCCCUGGUCAAAGGUUGAACUCUAAUUAACUGUUGAUUGCCAAACACUUUGCUACUGUGCAGUCUCGUCAUAAAGCUUCACUUGGGAUCAUCGUUUUCAUUAAGGUUUAAACAGGAAAUUCUUUGCAGUCUCUUUUACACGACAAGAAUCGGCAGGGGCGCGUCGGGCUGACAGCACUCUCUCAGUUACCGGAUUUGCAACCAGAAGAAAGACAGGAAGGCUCUGUCUCCUCUUUACGAUGCAGAGGGUCCCCAGAAGGAUUUUAAAUUCGACCCCAUGAGGGGAAAAAGGGACUUGAAAAUAACCCUGCAGAGAGUUAAGUAAAGGCCAGGAACCUCUUUCUAAAUUAUGCUGAUAGAAAAGUGAAGCUUUUCAAAUCAGAUUGAAUGAAAUGAAAAGUUGUCAGAUUCUGUAUUUUUUAACCAAUCUUCAAUAAUGUAAAGAUUACGUUUAAAAUAUUUAAGUUAAAAUCACUUGAAUAGUAUUUUGCUGAAGAGCAAGAUAUGCAUUAAUCACCAACUGUAUACUGUCCAAAAUGACGCAUCACCGUGACAACCAGAGUGAGCAAAAGCAUUAAGAGUUGGACAAAAUACCCCUAAGGCUGCUCCCACCCUGAAGGGGGCCUGGGCCCUGGCUCCGGUGCCCUGUUGUCACCACGCACCAUGCCCUCGUCUCGGGGGCCAUUUCUUAAAACACUUUGCCUGUAUCCAUAGCACUCUUACGUUUUUGUUUUUCCCAGUGUGCAUGUUUAAAAUACAAGCGAAUCACAUCUGAUUGUGCGCUGUGGGAGGGUCAGAAGCAGAAUCUACUUAGAGUGGUGUAAUUAAAGUUAUUUAACCAAAAA